GCCUCUGGUGAUGUGUAGGCCACCAUUAUUAUGGAUGUGUGAGGAGAGCACAUAAUUCUCUUGGGAGUAGAUUCUCGUCGUUUUCUUCUUAACUUCCGUGCAGGCGGAGCGGCCUGCAUUCGGACACUCACCACUUGAAAGAAGUUACAGAACCAAGCAGCUUCGACCUCUAGCUAAUAGUUAGUUAAGCUAGCUGCCUGUAGUAAAAUAACGUCAGACGUAUCGGUGCCUGGCCAGCUAGCCAACCAUUUAUUAUUAGCCUGGCGCUGGGGAAGCUAACCACCAGAGAAAGACCCGUACAGUCGUACAGUUUACUGGCACCGCUCAAUGACUCUCGUAUGGAUAAUAAUGAAUGUGACGAGCUGUUUCUGCGGAUUUUAAUCCGAAGAGGAAACAACACCUUUGAGACUGACAUCCCAUUUUCCGCGUUUGGACCCUGAGCUUUUACAAAACCUCUCGCAGGAGCAGCAUCCUUACCAACCAUCACCCAGAGCGACUCUGCCCCCUCUUUGUUUCAUCCUCUUGUCACGGCUGCAGAAGGAUACCUUAAACCUGACAAACCUCAAGACACAAAUGGCUGGAGGAGUCCCUUCCACACAUAAAAGCCAAAGUUUUCCACUGUUUUGAUGAGGUUAUUUUUGGGCCGUUGCACCAGAGAGGCUGUAUUAUCUGAUGGAUUUUUGUGGGAGCGUGUUAUCCUAGCCUCAGUGCUCCCUGCCGGGGAAGGAAGCAAAGGGAAGGCCCUAGAAUUCUCUGGAGACAAGGGCAAAAAAGAAAGCCGCCUGUUGCUGGGAGGCUGACGGUUACGCAACUGACAGGCGCAGUUGUCCACCAACACAGUGGAAGAAAGAGACCAGUGGGGGGAGCUGAGUUGUGCUAUGCUGCCAUUGCUGGCAAAACUCCUGAUCAACACUGUCACUUUAGCUCUUUCUCAACUAUAUUAUUUACAUGGAUACUGAUGGAUGUUCUACUGGAUUCCCCCCCAGAUCUUUUGGAAAGAACCACACUAUCACUUCCUGCUUUCACAUCCCUGGUGCAGCUGGCAGGUGAGGUGGUUUAAAUCAGCCACCGGCGGGGUUUAGGGAUGCCCCGACACAGGAAAACCAGGCUACUCCACUGGCCCGCUUACAGACUGCUGUUUAUAGUACGAAUCCUGGACUGAGAGCUGACUGUCUCCUUCUUGAACAGGGAGCAUCAUUUUUUUAUUCGCAAGACCUUUUCUCACUGGGGUGCUGAAAACUCUGACUGAAUAGGAAUCUCCAUACGCAGAUGUAGCUACAGAUAAGCCCAUUUCCCAUUUCAGGUCUUGAUCUGCACAUUUUCUAAGCUGAAGAACGUCACUGAAUCAUUAUCAUCCCAGACUUAUUUCUUCUGAGCUUUUUUACUCCUUUCAUCCUCAUUUCAUUUCUUGCUGUUGCUUUUGUUCCGCCUUAUAAAUCAGUCUCCUACCAAAACAGGUUUACCUCUGCCAACUCUGGUACCUCACUAAACUCCCAUUUAUACCAAUCAAUAGACCAAUCAAAUCAAUCUGGACCAGUUUUCUGUAUUUCAGGAUUUGACUGAAAUCACUUAAGAACUAAAUUGUGUUUUAACAGAAGGGUCCAAAUACUUUUUUUUAAUUUUACAUCUAACAGCCAUAUUUUUUUAAUUGCACUAUUAUCAUGAUUUUCACCAAGCCUUUAUUCACCUUGAAGCAGAUUUACACUUUUUAGACAGUUUUUUUGUGUGUAAGAAUUAUCAGUUUCUAUUGGCUUGUAUUGUAAUUUAUUGACAUGUUUGGUGGGACACAGUUCAGCUAGUGUUGUGGAUGUGCCUACACCUCUUUUCCUCUUUAUAAUCUGUGGCUUAUUUGUUCAUCCAUCCUUACCACCUGUUUUUGUGGCUAACAGGGAAACAAGGCUUUUACAGCAGAGAGACCUGUAAGCUUCUUUUAAUCUCUCACACACAGUAGAUCAGGUCAGAAAACAAGCGUUCACUCCUCCUCCCAUCUCACUGUGAUGAUGCAGAGGAACUUUUUCCUCUUUUCCACUUGAAAGAAUAAACCCCUCUCAGCUAUUCCUCCAUCUCUGUCAUCAUCUGUCGUUUCUGUUCCCACUCAAUACGCCUGGAAAAAUAUUUAACUUUGAAUGACAAAUUCCUUGGCGUAGCAGUUGCUGAACAGACACACACCGCACCACACACAGGAAGUGAUGCCAGGUGGCAGCAGUAAGAGCGGAGGGCGGGGUCCAUCCUCGUCACCCCUCCCCCAUGCUGUGGUCCCACCCAGCAGACCCCUGCGACCCUCCCGUUACGUCCCCGUGUCGGCAGCCACCUUCUUCCUCGUUGGUUCCACCACACUCUUCUUCUGCUUUACGUGUCCGUGGCUUUCGGAGCGUUUCUCUGUAGCUGUGCCCAUUUACAAUGGCAUCAUCUUCUUGUUUGUUUUGGCUAACUUCUGUAUGGCCACAUUCAUGGACCCUGGCAUCUUCCCCAGAGCCGAGGAAGACGAGGACAAGGAGGACGACUUCCGUGCUCCUCUAUACAAGACAGUGGAGAUCAGAGGGAUCCAGGUCAGGAUGAAGUGGUGCUCCACCUGCCGUUUCUACAGGCCGCCGCGGUGCUCCCACUGCUCUGUCUGUGACAACUGUGUGGAGGACUUCGACCACCACUGUCCAUGGGUGAACAACUGCAUUGGCAGGAGGAACUACCGCUAUUUCUUCCUCUUCCUGCUGUCUCUGACAGCUCAUAUCAUGGCUGUGUUCGGCUUCGGCCUGCUCUUCAUCCUCUACCACCGGCAGAACAUUGACCGCCUGCACGCCAUUGUCACCCUGGCUGUCAUGUGUGUUGCAGGCCUGUUCUUCAUCCCUGUUGCCGGCCUUACUGGUUUCCACAUAGUGCUGGUGGCCAGAGGCAGGACUACCAAUGAACAGGUAACGGGGAAGUUCAGAGGAGGUGUGAACCCUUUCACCAAUGGCUGUUGGAAGAAUGUCUCUCACGUUCUCUGCAGUUCGCAGGCUCCCAGGUAUCUGGGCAGGAAGAAGUGUGUGCAGAGUGUGUGUGUGCAGCCGCCUUUUCUGCGGCCACAGCUGACAGAGGCCCAGCUGGCUGCAAAGAUCCUGGACAACGGCAUCCAGGGAGACCUGCACCUGUCCAGGUCCAGUCUGGAGAUGAUGGAGAGCCAGUCAUGUGAUGCCGAGCCUCCGCCUCCCCCUAAACCCGAGCUCCGCUACCCUGGAAUCACCAGAGGAAACACGGAGGAGUGUAGUCUACUGAACAAAGCCCCUCCCACCCCCACCAUGUACAAAUACAGGCCCACCUACAGCCCUGGCAAGAACCACACAGCGCUCACACAUGCUUACGCCAACCAGUUAAGUCGAGGAGAGAGCGUUGGCAGUGCCAGGGACUCCUCCUCCUCCACCUCCUCUCUCCUCCAGGCCAGCCAGCAGCCUGGUUUCCGCUCUCAGCCCAGCCUGGACCGGAGGGACGCUGUGUCUGACAGAGCAGGAGGAGGUGGGGAGAGGAGGGAGGGGGGGAGAGAGGCAGGAGGAGGGGGCAUCCCUGGCUACUCCCUUGGCGGGCGCUCGUACCCCUCCUUCUCCGACCCCACCGUCCUAUCGGGAGUGGCGUCACGAUCUUCCAGCUCCACACACACUUCAGCAGGCGCCGCCCACAUCUCUGAGGCAACCACCACCUCAGCUAGCUUCAAGAGCUUAGCCAAUCAGACACCCCCGCCUCACCACACGUCUCGCAACGGGAGCCUGUCAUAUGACAGCCUCCUGGCUGGUGGUGAUGAUUUUGACAAGGGGGUGGCAGUGGGUUCAGCAGCCCCUGAGGUUUCCUCUGGGAGACCCUGUACACCGGCGGCAGGCGGCUACAGCUCCCCCUUUAUGUCUUCACAACAGAGAGAUGCUGAGCUGCACUCCCAGUCCUCCCAGUCACCCCAUCACCACCACCGCUCCGCCCACCACCACCACCCCUUCCUCCAUCGCUCGUCCUCCUCCACAUCCUCCUCCCCACCUCCUCCUCCAGAGAGGGAGCGCCUGCUGGGCGAGCCCCACCCUGGUGCUCACCCCCCACCUGCCAAUCAGGCCUCUGCUCUGCCCUCCUCCUCAGCCCCGCCUCCCCCACACCAUCACCACCACCAUCAUCACCAUCACCACCACUCCCAUCAUCACCACCACCACUCCUCCUCCUCUUCCUCCACCUCCCGCCCUCCCCGUUUCACUGCCCCUCACGCACCGACCCACCACGCCUACCCCUACCGCACCCGCUCCACUGACACCCCUCUGGGCGCCACCUCCACCACCCACCCUCCCCGCUCCCCACACCCCCCACCCUUGGGCAAGUCGCUCUCAUACUCGAGUGCCGCUGCUGCUGAGAUGCAGUACCGGCUGGUCCGAAAGGCCUCUGCGUCAGCCGGAGCCAACGCAGCGGGAGUUGGAGGAGGAGGAGGGAUGGGGGGAGGAGGAGGAGGUGGAGGAGGACUACAAGCACCGAAGGAUGAGCUGAUCCAGAUGAAACCUCUGAGUCGGACCAACGGUGGCCAGCCCUUCUCCUCCCCCUCCUCCUCCUGUUCUGCCCCUUCCUCCCCCUCCCACCCAGUCAGCGUGUCUGCCCGGCCCGGAUUGGCCUACCCCGGCUCAGCAUUGAUGCAGAGCCCCGCCCACAAGCCCCAGGUUGGCGGGGUGAAGAAGGUGACAGGCGUCGGGGGCACCACCUAUGAGAUUUCAGUCUGAGUGGCAGUCCCGCCUCCAGCUCGGGGACCAAUGAGACGAAGAGGAGCUGUUGCUGUCUCUUUCAUUAAACAAGAAAACACUGACACACACCUGAGGACGAGGGCAGCCAUGUUGUCCAGAUCUCACUCCUCAUUGGCCGAUUGACUGUGGGGCUGAACUGAACUUCACUGUCCUGCCUCCAGACGUCCACCUCAAUAAUCCUGACAGUAAGACCUGGACUGAUGUGACCCAGGACUGGCCAGAACAGGAACCAAGGGGCUCAUUUAAUCACUGUAACUGAAUAGGUAGCAUGAGGCACUAGCACCAUCAGGUUAUGGCAGAGCAAGGCAUUACCACUGCCAGGGGGUGGAGUCUGAUCCCCGCUGGGGCCACCAGGAGGAUCUGGAUCAGGGUUUAUAAAGGUUCAUAUCAGUACUUUUGGACUGACUCUGCAUUUAGGUAAAAAAAAAAGUUAUUUAACAUUCACAUGUAGAAAUCACUGAACACACAAUCCCACGAUGGUUAUCAAUACACUGAUCAGAGCCGAUCACACAGUGAAGGGCUUCCCACAGACUGAGACGUAUCAGACUGAGUCACAGCUGCUUCAACGCGAGCUCUGGCCCCAGGUGUUCAUUCCUACUCAUCAAAUGGAGCGUAGUGGUGUUUCAUUGGACCAAGAACACCAGUUGUGCUUGUGAUGUGUGGAGCCCAGGCAGGAUCCCUGUAACAGCCCAUUGUCGUGGAAACGCACAACACGACGCCGCAGCAGGUGGAGAAUCCGGCGGUUAGUGGGAUCUGUGGAUGUGUGACAAUCUACCACCCGUGAACUGUUCAUCAACGCUGCUGCGGGAAGUGACUUGCCUUUCGAUGGAGGGAAGAAAAAUGUGACAAAAAACAAAACAAAAUGCUGAUUCCCUCUUUCUUUGAUUCCUUAGAUGUGAAUAUGAUUCCAUGUUUGUACAGGAUGAUGUGAUUUUAAAUGUGGAUUUCUUUUUUUAAAAACAAGAAAAAUCAGUGGCGUUCAUACUGGACAGCAGCAUGCACUACUAUUACUACUAGCCACUAUAGGCCACUGUGUUUGGCUGUGGACCAUGUUGUCUGUUUGAACAAACAGGAAGUGAGGAAACUAAAGUGAAGAAAGAAGAAGAAAAUCAUAUUUUGGCCUCUUGUUGUUAAUGGGUUCUUUAAAAAAAGGCAAAACUUUUUUAGAAAAUUUAUUCCUUGAGCAAUUGCCUUGAAAAUAUAAGUGUUGUCAUUUUUUUUCACAUAUUUAAUUUGAAAUUGUUUUAUAUGAAUUUAUAUGGAAUUAUAGCUAUUGAUAAAUGAAGAGUUUUUAAUAUUGACUCAAAAGAGGGGGCGUGUUGUCAGAUUAAAGCAGCCCUCCUGAUUGGUUUUGAUGUUCCACAGUUGAGCCGCUGUUCUCAGAAAGAAGUUUGAUUUACGACGUGUCCUGUUCUCCAAGACCACAUCAGGAACAGGACUGGAUCCUCUCAGACCAGACGCCUCAUUUAUAAGAUACUGUCAAUGAAUAUGAUCUUUACCCCACGACAAAGUAUUAGGGCCACUGUUUAAACAAACAAGACUUCAAGAAUUAAGUGUUAAUAAAUAGACAUUUUAUGAGAAAGUAUUAUAAUAGUAAGUCAGAAUUUUAUGAGAAAAGUCAUGAAAUGUAUGAGAAAAAGUUGUAAUUUGACACAAGAAAGUAAUUAGGAGAAUAAGUUGUUUAAUUACUUGCUUGUAAAAUUACAAGCUGUACAAGUUUAUUUUAGAAAAGGUAAAUUGACAAGCAAGUUAUUACUGGAUAAAGUUGUAAUUUUAUGAGAAAAAAUCAUAUUACAAAAAUGUCUUCAUUUCUCAAAUAAGGAUUGUAAAAUUUUAACACUUAAGUUAUGAAAAUAAAGUCACAGUAUAAGAAAAAAAUGUUCCAUCUGGACAGUAAAAUGUGGUUUUCUUAGACAGUUACAGGCUCAUGUUUAGCAUUUCUUGUCUGUCUAUAUUGUACAGUAUGAAACAUUUUAAUAUUUCACCUUUAAAAUAACAAUAACAACAUUUUACCUUUAUUCUUAAAACGUAUCUUCCCCCCUCACAGUGGCCCUAAUGCUGUCUUAAAAUUGAAUGUUAUCUAUUACUCAUAGAUAGUAUGAGCAGGUCGAGACACAAUGAGAAGAAGAUGAGACAAACUUAAUUUGUGGUAAUUUUUUAAUCAAUCAAACGUCCAUGGGUAACGAGCUAAAGAUCAACUUUGAACAUUUAUACAUGAGGCUCCUCGUCUGAGAAGAUGUGUUAAAAUAAAAGCUGCCGAAGUUUUGCUGAUGUAGUGGACGUUUGCAUUAAGUCUUCCUCUUACCUACUAAACAUGAAAUAUCCAUUGUUUGCUCAAGAUUUCACUUUCAGUAACUCACUUCCAGCCGCUUGGGAUUUUAGAAAUGUUUCUGACAGCGUUUUGUUGCAACUGUUAAACUCAAAUAUUCACUCUGGAACUAGUGACAGUAACUGGUGCAACAUGUGUAACGUCACUUUGUAAUGGCUGACAUAAUGGGCACCAGUAUAAGUCUGUUUUCUCUGGAGUUUCGCUUUUAGGUUUCCAUCUUUGGCCAUGUUGUCUUUGUCCAGUCUGAGGGAGGGACACAGGACCACAGUCCUCAGUGCUGGAAACAAUAUGAGCAGUUAUGCUAAAAUAAAUGAAGCACACGUCAUACAACCAGAGAGAGAAUCCUGUGUCUGUGGUGAAUGCUGUUUUUAAGAAAACGUUUCUUCCAUUUCAGCUUUGUUUUUCAUAUUGCUGUAAUUUGAGGCCAGUCCGAGGAUGCACAUGAAGACUUUGGGCUGUAGGUGUAUGUUAGCGAGCAAAGUCUCUGCCUGUGUGUUUGGUUAAGACAGGUCUGGGAACCGAUGUUAAAAGAACAGACAAAUACAUGUACUGUACAGCUUAAUGUGUGUGUGAGUGUGUUUGUGGAUGUGUGUAUGUGGUGAGUGGCUGGGGGUUGAUAAUAAACUUUAAACAAGAUGAAACGUUGUCGCUCUUUUCACUCUAACAGGACUAAUCAGGUUGAAGUCAUUUAACCCUGCCCCUCGUUAACAUCAACAUCUACCUGUGUUCUAAAUGAGU